AUGCCUCGUUGCAGUAAACGUACACGGAGCGGUGCCCCCGCUAAUGGGGGCGAAGUCCUAUCAGGGGCGACCGCUAUUGACGACCAUCACCACCACAAGAGAUCUAGAAAUAGCAGUUCACGUCGACAUUCCAAAUCAGAAGACACAAGUUUUAGCGUAAAGAAAUGUUUAGCAUGGUUUAAAGAAUACACAACUGCCUCAGAACCAGAUGUUUUAGGACCAGAAGGCAUGGAAAAAUUCUGUCAAGACAUUGGAGUGGACCCCGAGAAUGUUGUAAUGUUGGUCAUAGCAUACAAAAUGGGAGCAAAACAAAUGGGUUUCUUCACACAAGAAGAAUGGUUAAAAGGUCUAACAGAUCUACAGUGUGACAGUGCGCACAAAUUGCAAAACAAACUAGAAAACCUCCGCAGCUUACUCAAUGAUCCCUAUAUAUUUAAGGCCAUCUACCGAUAUUCUUAUGAUUUUGCUAGGGAUAAAGACCAGCGGUCAUUGGAGACAGGUACAGCUCGCGCACUGCUAGGUGUUUUACUCCCUCGCUGGGCGCUCCGGCCGGCGCUGUCCGACUUCCUAGCUCGGGAGCGUCGCUACCGGGUCGUCAACCGCGACCAAUGGUGCAACAUACUGGAGUUCAGUCGCACUGUUGAUACACAGCUCAACUCAUACGAUGCUGACGGAGCCUGGCCGGUAAUGCUAGACGAAUUCGUGGAGUGGUUGCGGGCGGAGCGCGCCGGUGACGCCGCCAUGCCGGCCGCCAGCUGA